UUGUCAGGAGUGUCAGCGCGCGGCAGUAACUCGCGCAAGCCCUACUAUGGGAAGUACAUCGGCACCUUGGCGAGCUACGCCCAUGGCAUCGAGGGCACGGCGUUCGCGGUGGACGAGAACAUCAUCUUCAUCGAGAAGUUCUCCUACGACGGCACGGCGCCCGACGCCUUCUUCUGGGUGGGCAACAAGACACCGAGGCCCUCACCAGAAGGAGACCUGGUACCGUUCCCCGAGGACUUCAAGGGAAGGUGAACUUCGGUGACGUGUUCAUCCCUUCAAAGCUGCAGGCUCCCAAGCCACGCGUCCUCUCCGAGUUCAAGCGGCUGGCGCACGGCCUCCGCUCCGGCAACAUCACCAUCCUGGACGCGCGCACCAUCUACAUCCCCAACCUGCACUACGACGGCGCGGCUCCCGACGCCUACUUCUGGGUUGGCAACGGGUCCGAGCCAGGGCCCUGGGGCAUCAAGGUGCCCAACGAGGUCGGGAAGCUCGACCCACUAAAGGGCUACCAGGGUCAAGACAUCGAGAUCCAACUGCCGGAGAACAUCACAGUUUAUGACAUCGAAUGGCUCGCCAUGUGGUGCGUCACCUACCACCACAAUUUUGGCCAUGUUAUGAUCCCCAAGGAGCUUGACGUGCCCCCGGCUCUGGGGCAGACCAAGAUCACGCCCGAGUGGUGGUACAAUCCAACGCAGGCGCCGGCUGGCGCGGGGGAGGACGCAGAGCCGUACAGCAACUGCAGAGAGAUGCUGGACGAGCGGGUGCAGGUGCAGUGGAGCCUCAAGGAGGACGUCGUGGAGAUCCAGGUGUCGGCGCGCAUCCGCGAGGACCAGUACGUGGCCUUCGGGCUGAGCGGCGAGCAGGGCAGGGCCUCCAUGGUAGGCGGGGACGUGGUGGUGGCGUACUACGACGCCAAGACGGCCACCUUCCAUGCGGACGACUACUACAUGUCAGCCACAGCUCAGUGCGACGGACGUAACGGCGUGUGCCCGGAUCAGCGUAUCGGUGGAGGCAACGACGUGACGCUCAAGUACGCGGACCGGCGCAACGGGGUGACGACGGUGCGGUACACGAGGCCGCUGAUCACCAACGACGCCAUCAAAGACCGGAACAUCCCCACAAACACCGACGUGAACGUCAUCGCCGCCAUCGGGCCGCUCAACUCGCGGAAUGAGGCCAACAGCCACGGCGCCUCGGACAAGACCACUGACGACAUCCGCAUCAACUUCUCGCGGCGCAACGACCACCAGUGCACCAACUCGCUGUACAACACGCACGACGAGCAGGAGCUGACGCCCUGGCCCGUGCAGCAGAUCCACAACGAGAACACGCUGACGGCGCGCAUCGGGCCGGCGGGCGGCAAGCGCGGCUACACGCCCAUCACGGGCCACCCGUCCUGGGGCAUCGCCUGGUGGAUCAACGACAAGCUCAUCCCGGAGAUCACCGUGGAGCGCGGCCAGACGUACACGUUUGUCGUCGAAGGAGGCAAUGACCGCACUAACCCCGCACGCUUCCAUCCGUUCUACAUCACGGACAGCCCGGAGGGUGGAUAUGGGCAGCGCCAGGAGGGCGAGCAGAAGCACCAGAAGGUGUUCGCCGGGAUGGCGACCGACCGCGAUGGCUACCCCUAUCCGACGGCGGCCGGGCGCUACUGUGAGUGGGUGCACCUGACGGUGGACCGAUACGCCGAUUUCGAGAACUUCGCGGACUACAAGAAGACGUUGACUCUGCAGUGUGACCAGGGAGAGCCAGCCAUCCUGAACUGGACGGUGGCGAUGGACACUCCCAACGAGGUGUACUAUCAGUGUUACACACACAACAACCUCGGCUGGAAGAUCCACGUCGUGGACGCCGGGUACCACUCCCAGCGGAACAGUAAAAACUUAUCUGCCGGGGCGGCGCGUCCUCGGGCGGGUCUCUGCUCCGGCCUCCUAGUCCUGGCCCUAGCCUUGGGCCUGGCCUCGGCACUCACCGUGAGAUGAGCAGCCGUUGCCGUUUGUUGAUUGAUACCCAAUUUUUCUAAGCAAAUUGAUUGUGAUGUUCGUUAAGGUUUCGUAGGAAGAUUGUUUUGGCGGGCCGUCCCUCGCCGUGGACGUCGCUGGUGCUCACUUUUAAAAAAGGAAUUACGUUACCUGCGAUCGUACUGUUGGAAUUUUUUGUAUAAGUGGCUGGUACCACGCGUUGUAUGCCGUUCAAAAUUAAUUAAAUUUUGUUAUGUGUAAUUUUGAACCGAUCGUCAUGGUUUUGAAAUUGCUCGUAACGGGCAGGAAAAGUAUCCAACAGAGCUUAAAGUAGAAUCCUGGUGCCAAAAUGGUGAAUUCUGACAAUAAUAACUUCUUGAUAUAUUUUACGUUGGUGACAAUAAUUUUCACUAGUAUUAAGGUUAGUAUAUUGGCAUACGGCAAUUAACUGUGAAUAUACGAUAAAUGAUAAUAUUUGAGAGCCUAUUUAGAAAAGCACUAAGAACCAUGGUCUUGUUUGACAAUAAUUUUGGGGCUUUACACCAUUAUAUGUUUCUAGAAAUGUAAUUUUUUACGUCCUAUUGUGAAUAUUCCAUUAAGACAUUGUUGUUUUCAAAAUUUAUUGCGGUUGUUGAUUUUUGACACGUUUGCGCGACAUUGGUCAAUUUUAUUAUCGCAGUCAAUUUGUAUUUAAUUCUAACGUAAAUUUCGUGGUGCUUUUGUCUAUAAUUUGUAAAAACUAACUCUGGUAGCUUAAAAUAUGAGGGGGACGGGGAUCUCGGAAAACUGGUUCUUAUUCGUUAUCGCGUUAACUCAAAAACAGUCUACAAUUUAAUGUUCUGUUGCUCGUGGUUUAAAAAAGAGUUUGCAGCUUUGAUUCAUUUAACAGACCCAGUGGGAAAUGGUGGUCGAAACGAAACCCUUUCAAAAUGGAGCCAAAACUUGCGUAACUAUGUGUACAAACUAAAAUUUAAACACCUACAUUGCAGAAAUUUAUGGAACCAUCCUUUGCACGUCAAUGUCUAGUUGGUAAGUUCCCUUCUUUAUAUGGAGUUUGCUUUACCAAAUGCAGAUGGUAGGUGGGAUGGCUGAUAGCAACUGACCAGGCGCUUAGAAUUUGGUUUAGGGAACGGUCAAAGAAUGAUUGACAAAUUAUACACGCGAAUGCACAAAUUUGUGGCAUCACGUGCUUGCAUGUGGUACAGACAUUCGGGAAAACACCAUAGUUUGAUCUAAUUCCAAAAAUCUACCAAAAUAUCUGCUAAACAGUAUUAUGUGAGAAACAAUCAGUGUACACAUUUCGUCCUAGUUGGGGCCUCCUCAAGUUACUGGAAGGUCGUUUCGUAAGAUCAUUUCUGACUGAAAGAAAACUACUUUCUUCGUAUGUGAAUAUGUUUUAAUGACGAAAAACGUAUAUAUUUCUUAUUCUUUAUUAUAGACAUAAGGUAAUUAUUAUUAUAAAGUGAUGAUUAAUAGUUAUGACAAUAACAUUUCUCGAACCGUACUGUUUUAUAACGUAACAUUUUUGUAGUCGGUCCUAAACUAAAUGUGACAAUAGAUGAAAAAUUUACAAAUCCUAGGCUGUAAAAUAUGUGCGCUGAAAUUCUGAACAUUUAGUAUGCGGCUUGCAGCAGAAGCUCUUAUUUCGACAUUGCAGCUCGCUCUAGUAGUGAACGUACGUAACACGAAAUAAUGUUCUGUCCUCAAAAUGGUCCGAACGAUGCGAGUAUAGUUUGAUGUGGUCUAGAUUAACGAUUGUGGAUGGUUAAUGCUAAGACCAAGUUUGAUAACAAUCCCUGCUCUGUCAAUUUCAACUGUUUUCUUUUUGAAUUCCAUUUAACUAUCAAAACAUUAGGCACUGAUGUUAAAUGUUUAGUUUAUUUAGUUUCCAUUAAAUAUUCUCCGUUUCCUGUCAGGGCGUGAUUGCGGCCCCUCUACAAAUAGAAGUGUGUGACAUUCGAACAUACUUAAAUUGUUUGGCAUAAAAGGCUACACACAGAAGAGUGUGACCAAUGUGUCAUGCAUAGAAAAGUGUGUGACUUUGUGACUUAUAGUAAAAAAGUAUACCUUUCCGACACAAAGGAGUGUGACAUAGUUGUCACACACUCUUUUGUGUGUGACGUGACUGGGGCACACCUUUGUAUUUAUGUGACAUUGUGGAACGCACUUUGAAAGUGUUCGAAUCUACAUAUUUCUGUUUGUAGAGCAGACAUUAAUCACAUGGUGUGCCAGUUUCAGCUUCUGUACCUUUUAACUGCUCAGUUCCGCAAGUUUCAUUCUAAGCUGCAACUUAAAGUUUGUAAAUAGAAACUCUGAUAUGCUUUAAAUUUGUACAGGGGUAGAGAAGGUGCGAAAGAAGUGACAAUAAUGUUUCUACUGGGUAAUGUUCCAGAUUUGUGCUUGUAGAUGUAUGGUUUUAAAAGAUUUUGAGCUAAAUUUACCUCACAGUCAUGUGAGACUUGUAUAGAAUACCGUGUGGGGAUGUGACGUCGCGAAACAGUGUGGUUGUUUCGAUGUAUCGUACAAAUUUACCCUUGUGUUACCUGAGUACUGUAUAUAUUCAUAAUAUGUUCAUCUUUUCAUAAAACUCGUGCAGGUGUAGCAAAUAAUGCAUAUCGGCAUGUGCGUAUCAUCGAAUUGCUGCUGCCUUCAACAGCUCUAAAUGUUAUUUAUAUCACUUUGACAAUAUCGUACAAGUCUUCGUGGUUCGACAAUAAUUUUUCCGGACAACGUUUAGUGAUAAGUGUGGCUAGAGGUUGUGCGUUCUGUCGCAAAAACGCCUAUUUACCAUAUGAUUCGGAAAUUGUCAUGAAAGAAUCGUAUUCCCAGAUAUGUACUCUGAAUCGCGACAGAGCCAUUACAGACUGGAAAGGAACAAGACUUUGUUUUGUGACUUGACUAUCGGAAUAAAACUUUUCUCUUUGUACCGGUGCGUCUGUUUCCUAUUUGUCCGAAGUCCAAGCGGAGAAGUGUUGUUGUAAUGCUCAUUCAUAUUCAUAUUGAUAUAUUGUGAUGUUUAACAGUUGGUCAUACUGUGUGUCUUCUGCCACCAAGUUUAUAUAUUCUCCUGACACACUGAAAUAAAUCUCUUUUCUGCUGCACCUGA